AUGGCGGCGACGCAACCGUGGGCCGCUGCGCCGGAGAACCAGCGGAGAGGAGAGGAUCCGGGCGACGAUUUCCAUGAAUCCGCGUUCUUCAGUCGCGGAUGCUGCUACUUGUGGAAUUUUCCGUGCUCGAUCUCGCGGAGGAGAGAGAACUGGGAGCGGAUCUCGGUGUCGGAGGCGGAUAUGCCUGAGAAAAGCCGCCGGAGUUGGUGGGGGAGAGGAAUCGACGCGCUGAAGAAGGUGAGGGAGUGGUCGGAGCUGGUGGCGGGGCCCAAGUGGAAGACUUUCAUUCGCCGGUUGAACCGGGCCGGGGCGCGGUCCAAGGCUGGGAAAUUCAAUUACGACCCGCUGAGUUACGCAUUGAAUUUCGACGAGGGGCAAAACGGUCAGUUCGAGGACGACAGGAUUUUCUGGGACUUUUCGACGCGGUACGCCGCGAUCCCGGUGCAGGGCAGCGGUCAGUUGAAUUGA